AUGUCCAUUUCCAAAUUCAAUCCUGGUCCUGGAUCGCCAUUAGCAUCCUACUUUGAAUACAUGAAUGGCUGGAGUGGACCAUCCACAAGUGUGCCAAUGACCAAAAUAGUUCCUGGACCUAGUCAACUCUCUCCUGCUGCUUAUGAUGGCGGAGGAAUGUCUAUUUUGAAAAUGAUACUGGGCGUAGUCUUUAUUAAUACUUUAUUGGCAGCCGUGUCGUCUGCUUAA